ACAGCUUUGCCGUAGCCAAAGCGAGCUCGCCGGCGCUCGUCGUCCACGACCAUGGCGCCUCCGACUCCAAGCCGUCUCCACCGCCACCUCCUCCCCGUCCUUCCAUCUCGUCCCCCUCGCGCCUCCUCCUCCUUCUCGCCCUCCCCAACCCAGCGACCCAGUCACCGGCCUACCUCCCGGCUCCACUGCUCCUCGUCGCCGGUGGAAGCGUCGCUGCCAUCGGCGAAGGGCGGCGAGUACCGUCCAUCAUUCGCCGACGACUUCCUCCUCGCCUUCUUCCGGGCCAAGAUGGUGGAGGAGGUUGGAUGGGAUUCUCCGAAGCCUGGAUAUGCUGGGCUGAUCGAAGUUGCCAAUCGCCUCAUGGUCAAGGGGAAGAGCGCUUUAGAGACUGAGCAAUCAGCUGUCCGAGUACUCCAGGCACUGUUCCCACCUCUCUUGCUAGACCUUUUCAAAGCUCUUUUAGCACCAAUUGCUAAUGGCCAACUUGCUUCCAUGAUGGUCGCUAGAGCAACAGCACUUUCAUGCCAAUGGCUGAUGGGCACAUGUACCGUGAAUUCUGUGACACUGCCCGACGGGAAAUCUCUAUCAAGUGGGGUGUUCGUCGAGAAGUGCAAAUAUUUGGAAGAGAGCAAAUGCCUUGGUAUUUGUAUCAACACGUGCAAACUGCCAACCCAGACCUUCUUCAAGGAUCACAUGGGCGUCGAUUUGUAUAUGGAGCCAAAUUUUGAAGACUAUAGCUGCCAGUUCAACUUUGGAGUGCCUCCCCCACCUCUCGACACCGACAAGGCCCUGAAGGAACCCUGCCUGGACAUAUGCACGAGCGCUAGGCGGCGCAGAGAGGUUGGCAGCACCAGCGGCCCUGAUGGUCUGUGUCCCCAAGUAUGAUCUGCCUCUUGCCAAAGGGUACAGGUAUUUUUUUUUGAAGAUAAGUAUUAAGUGUAUAUAUAUCAUACACUUCUUUCACAUGCGUUAAUCGGGAUGUAUGUAACCUGAUUAGUGCACGACAAAGUUGGCACUGCAUACAGAAAAGACAAUGUAUGAAUCUCUUAUGACGUGUCUGCACAAGUAAAGCAAAGAAUUAGCACUGA